ACGUCAGCGGUCGUCGAACGUUCGAUAAAUUCGAUUACAAAACAAACAAAAGUUCACCAAAAGUAUAAUAAAAAUCAUAAAAAUCUUUAAUUACUUAAUAAAAUGGGGAAUUUCACUAGAUUGAAUACACACUAAAAACUAGUUCGAAGAAUAAUGGAGGCUCUUAUCUUCGCUGCUUAUCGUUAAAUGGACAGGAGAGGCAAAAUUGAGCGUUGCAAAGCAAGGAGUAAUGAUUUCAGCAGUGCGUGGAGGAUGGCGGGCGCUGGUCGAGAGGGGGUCGACUCGGCUGGCAGUGGUGCCCGGGAGGCGCUGCUGUGCGAGCGCCGCGGCCCGGAGCCACGCGCCGCCGGGCGCCAACAGGUCACGCUACGUGCUGGCCACUGCUGCCGUGGGCGUAGCACUUAUCGCUGCUGACUAUGUUUAUAAUGAGAAAAAGUUCUUCAAAGCAGCUAAAGUUGGGAAUAUACAAGAGUUAAGAAAACAGAUAGAAGCAGCGCAUGGCGACGGAAAGAACUCUGGCGACGCAGGGGAAGGGGGGCCGGCGAAUCGACGACAUGCUUUAGGCUGGACCGCGCUCAUGGUGGCCGCCGCCAAUGACCAACCUGCCGCAGUUCGCGAGCUUCUGCGUCUCGGAGCACGCCCCGACUUGCCGGAGCAAUAUGCGGGAGCAUCCGCAACGGCAGCCACAACGGGCCUUCAUCCAUUGGAAGUAUUACAGAGGCGGGAGGAUGAGUUCUGCAGUGCUAUGAACGCUCGGGCUUCAUUUCUGGGCUGGACGGCUCUUCAUUACGCUGCUCUAGCCGACUCUACCACCUCGGCCAAGGCGUUGCUCGAAGCCGGCGCCGACCCGACCUCUCGCGACCAUGCCGGCCGCCGAGCCUUGCACUACGCCAGAGACCCUUCCACCACGCGCGAUGUGAUCCUGGAGCACGUCGGCAAAUGGGAGGAGGCGGCGGCCGCGGCGGCGGCGGAGGAGCGCCGCAGGUUCCCGCUGGAGCAGCGACUCAAGCAGUUCAUCGUCGGACAAACCGCUGCAAUAGAAACGGUAGCGGCAGCCGUGAGGCGGAAAGAAAACGGAUGGGCUGACGAGGAACACCCGCUCGUGUUUCUCUUCUUAGGAAGCUCCGGUAUCGGAAAGACGGAGCUCGCGAAGCAGCUGGCGAGGUACAUGCAUCGCGACGAUCCCGCGGCGUUCAUUCGCCUCGACAUGUCGGAGUACCAGGAGAAGCACGAAGUGGCCAAGCUGAUCGGAGCUCCGCCCGGCUACGUGGGCCACGAGGAGGGCGGCCAGCUCACGCGCGCUCUCGCGCGGCGAGCGGACGCGGUGGUUCUCUUCGAUGAGGUCGACAAGGCACAUCCUGAUGUACUCACAGUACUCUUACAGCUGUUCGAUGAGGGUCGGCUGACGGACGGCAAGGGCAAGCUCAUCGAGUGCAAGAACGCCAUCUUCGUGAUGACGUCCAACCUGGCCGCCGACGAGAUCGCGCAGUACGGGCUGCAGCUGCGGCGCGAGGCGGAGGCGCGCGCCGCGCAGCGCGCCCGCGCGCACCCCGCGCCCGCCGCCGACACGCCCACCAAGCAAUUCGACGAGAAAUCCGAGUCGGUGAUAAUGUCGCACCCUGGGGACAUCGAGGUUGUGGAAGCGGAAGAGGCGCUGCAAGUUUCGCGCAAGUUCAAGGACACGGUGGUGCGGCCGAUCCUGAAGCGCCACUUCGGGCGCGACGAGUUCCUGGGCCGCAUCAACGAGAUCGUGUACUUCCUGCCGUUCUCGCGCCAGGAGCUGCUCACGCUGGUGCAGAUGGAGCUCAAGGCGUGGGCGGAGAAGGCUCGCGCGCGGCACAGCGUGGAACUGCGCUGGGAGGGCGGCGUGCUGGGCGCUCUCGCUGACGGGUACGACGUGCACUACGGCGCGCGCUCCAUCAAGCACGAGGUGGAGCGGCGCGUCGUGAACCAGAUCGCGCUGGCGGCGGAGCGCGGCGCCGUGGCGCGCGGCUGCAGCGUGCUGCUGCGCGAGCGCGCCGGCCGCGUGCUGCUCGCCGUGCGCGCGCCCAGCGACAAGGACUACGAGCCGCUGGACCUCGCGCAGCUGUAGCUCCUGAUAGUUACGCGCUACCGUCUUACCAACUCGCCGUGUGCCUCGUCCACGCCCUAACUACUCAUGCCAAACUUGACUGCUCUGCCGGACUCUUUCCUUAACCGCCACUUCAGAUACUCCCGCGCCCACAGACAAAAACUACUCGCCGGUAUACCUCGCACAGCUCCUUACCGCUACCCGCUUUCACCACACCUUACGUUGUCGCCCACUCUUACUAGCGAUGAGCGAAUUGUUCGACAACCGUUUGCUACCCUAGACUCUCUUUCCGCUGUACUCGCGGGCGGCCGGGCUAGGACUCCACGCCGCUGGGCCUUGCGCAUCUCCGACUGCCCCGGUGUCUGACCACCCCUUCCAACUCCUCAUUUUGAUCCGUCUAGGUGCUCCCCAUAUAUACUGCCGUACAAAAAAUCAUGACUUAUUUAAAUCAAAGCUUUUAUAAACCUGGACAGCUCCUUCCUUAACUUCACUUACAAAGUAUGAAAAUACGUAAUGUUCAUAUGACUCUAAUAGGUUGUGUGAAGUUGUGACAGUGACUGCAGCUGUCGAGGUCAUCCAAAUAGGGUCCAUGAUUGUCAGUUAACUUAGCAGUUACCAUUAGAAAUAAUAAUAAGUAAUUUAUACAGCUAGGUACUGAAUUCCAUUGUUAAUAUUAAUAUAAAGAAAAAUUGUAAUAUAUCUCUAGGACUGA